GUGAUGAAAUUAAUGAUGAAAAUGAAAUGAAUAUAGAAAAAGGAUCUAGUCAAAUAUCAGCAAGGACUUUGGCAGGUCUUUAUAAAUUAGCCAAUAAAGCAAGAGAAAAAACAAUUCGAA